CCACCACUAACGACCACGAUCGCCGCCCUCCACGACCAGAUCCAGCGCUUCCUCUCCGAAUCUCACCCCGCGGGCUCCCUCCUCGCCGCCGUGCAGAAGCAAACGCGCGUGACCCUGGACGUCUUCGCCGCGGCCCUGGACAGUUUCCCCCUCGAGAACCUCUCCCUCUCCUACAACGGCGGCAAGGAUUGUCUGGUGAUGCUCGUGUUGUUUCUCGCGAGCACUAAGUCUCUAACCUCCAUCCCCGCCAUCUACGCCCUCCCGCCCGACCCCUUCCCCGAAGUGGAGGAGUUCGUCGCCUGGUCCGCCCGCCACUACCACCUCGACAUCGUCAAGUACACCACCGACCCGCCGCGCGCCACCAUCCGCUCCGUCUUCGCCGACUACCUAGCCCAGCACCCGGCCGUCCGCGCCAUCUUCGUCGGCACCCGCCGCACCGACCCCCACGGCGCCCGCCUGACCCACCAGGACUACACUGACAGCGGCUGGCCCCAGUUCCUGCGCUACCACCCCGUCAUCGAGUGGCAUUACACCGAGAUCUGGGCCUUCAUCCGCCACCUGGGCCUGCAUUACUGCUCCCUCUACGAUCAGGGGUACACCAGUCUGGGUGGCACCGCCGAUACGCGCCCCAACCCUAAGCUGCUGCGCCCGGGGGCCGAGGCCGAGGCCGGCGCGGAUCAGUCGCGGUAUCGUCCGGCGUAUGAGUUGACCGAGGAUUUGGAGGAGAGAUUGGGCCGCAAUUGA